AUGGCAAAGGUAUUCGACGCUGCAGAAGUCGCGAAGCACAAUACGCCCGAGAGCUGCUGGGUGAUUCUCUACGGCAAGGUCUACGAUGUCACUGAUUUCCUGUCCAGUCACCCUGGCGGUGCAAAGAUCAUUCUGAAGCUUUCAGGAAAAGAUGCGACCGAGGAAUAUGACCCCAUUCAUCCUCCAGGCAUUCUAGAGGAAGAACUCAAGCCAGAGGCUUGUCUUGGAACGGUGGAUCCAAACACGGUAUCCAAGGACGAGACACCAGCAAAGCCUCAGGAGCCGGCGGCAGGACCCCCUCCUAUGCAAAACCUCCUCAAUCUCGACGAAAUCGAAGAAGUUGCCACGAAACAAGUAAGCAAGAAGGCAUGGGCCUAUUACUGGUCAGCAUCGGACGACAAGUUUUCCAAGCGAUUUAACAACGAAAUCUACCGAUCCAUUCUCCUUCGGCCAAGAGUUUUCAUUGAUUGCACCAAGUGCGACUUGGAUACGUCAGUACUGGGACACAAAUUGGGAAUGCCAAUUUAUGUAUCUCCCGCGGCUAUGGCGCGUCUCGGCCAUCCUUCCGGUGAAGCGGGUAUUGCAGAGGCAUGCCGAAGCUUCGGUGCGAUGCAAGUCAUUUCCAAUAAUGCAUCAAUGACCCCCGAACAAAUUGUCAAGGAUGCAGCUCCGGAUCAGGUCUUUGGCUGGCAGCUCUAUGUUCAAGUUGACCGCAAGAAGAGCGAGGCGAUGCUGGCGCGUAUCAACAAACUCAAGGCUAUCAAGUUCAUCGUUCUCACGCUCGAUGCACCCGUUCCGGGUAAGCGUGAAGAAGACGAGCGAAACAGUCUUGUGGGUGCCUCCACCCCUGUGUCAAGCGGUGUGAAGGCAGCUGAGCGCUCUGCUGAUGGCACUCCCGAUGUGAGUGGUCCGGGUGGAUCUGGUGGUGUUGGCCAGCAGCUCUUUGCUGGUACCGAUCCAUCCUUGACGUGGCAGGAGACCCUGCCCUGGCUGGCCAAGCACACAGAUCUCCCUAUCAUUCUGAAGGGCCUGCAAACUCACGAGGAUGCAUACCUUGCCUCCACUCCACGCUCCACAGGACGAGCCUUGGAUACUGCCCCGCCAGCUGUGCACACUCUCUUGGAGAUCCGGAAAUACUGCCCCGAGGUCUUCGACAAGAUCGAGGUCCACGUUGAUGGCGGUAUUCGCCGUGGCACAGACGUUGUGAAAGCCCUCUGCCUCGGAGCCAAGGCAGUUGGUCUUGGACGCGCUGCACUGUGGGGUCUGGCAGCUGGUGGCCCUGAUGGUGUUCGCAGGACAUUGCAGAUUCUUGCCGACGAAACCAAGUCUUGCAUGCGCCUGCUCGGUGUGGAAACCGUGGAUCAGCUUGGCCCUCAACAUAUCAACACUCGCAUGGUCGAGCAGCAGAUUUACGACGGUCCAUCUGCUCUAGGCCCUUUACGACGUGCUUUCCGGGCGAAGCUUUAG